AUGGCAACCUCUUUGCCGACAAUUGUCCUUGUGCACGGCGCCUGGCACACCCCACCAAAUUACCAAAGCUACAUCGAUGCUCUGGAAGCUCGCGGGUUCACCGUCCACUGCCCACGCCUCCCUAGCUGCAACGGCGCAUCUCCUCCCACUGCCUCUCUCUCUGACGACGUCGUCUGCGUACGUGACGUUGUUCGGCCCCUCGUGGAAGCUGGCGAGCAUGUACUAAUGCUCUUACAUUCCUACGGUGGGGCGGUAGGCACCGACGCGGUGGAGGGGUUGACCUUCCCAGCCCGCAAAGCCUCUGGCCAGCCCGGAGGAGUUAUUCAUUUGCUGUAUAUGUGUGCGUACAUUCUGUUACCGGGCAGUACCAUCUUUGGCGUCGUGAAAGAAGCUGGUAUGGACCAUCUUUGGCCUCAGUUUGUGGACAACGCUCCUGAUGGCUCCACCUUCCCUAAGGAUCCAGUACAGCUGUUCUUUGGUGACGUAGAUAAGGAAACAGUGGAUAAGGCGUCAUCACACCUUGUACGUUCGCCUAUGUCAGCCUUUACUUCGGAGACGAAGGGAAGUGCUUGGAGAAGCGUACCAGUCACAUACAUAUUCACACAAGAGGAUUACUCAGUACCCAGGGUGUAUCAGGAUCUCAUGGUUGACAGAAUAAGGACGGAGGGAGUGGAGCUAAGGACAGAGGAUUACAAGACGAGUCAUAGUAUUUUUAUUACGAAGCAGCAGGAGAUGGUGCAAGCGGUGGUCAGAGCGGCCGAGGACGAGAGGAAUCUGAGGUGA